AUGGCACCACAAAAGAAACGCAAUAAGAAGAAUACCUCAAACUUAAAGGUCAAUGGCAAUAACAGCAGUGAUUUACUCAACACAUCGCUAGGUGGUGGAACAGAUGAUGAGUGCUCAUCUCCAACAUCAUCAUCGCCCUCAUUGGACACCUCCAGCAACAUGGACCAUGUUGUUGACGUAGCUGUACCUAAUACAGUUACCGAUACCAUUGAGGUGGAGCCUGACGAAAUUACCUCUUCUCCAGAAGUGAUUGAACAACCACUGAUUGAGGUGACACAUCAACAAGAGCAACACCAACAACCUACAGUACAGGACGGAGACAACUCAGUACUUCUUGAAAAGAUGUACUCAAUGUUGAUUGGCCUUACAGACAAUGUUACCGACAUCAAGGAGAGAGUGACCUGCAUCCAGUCCAAUGGUGUACAAACUACAUCGCCAUCAUCAGUCGAGACCAGAAUGCUCCGUAGUGACAGUAUCACCAGCAAUGGAGGUGAUUUUGACCCAACAGACUGGAAGUCAAUGUACUUGGCAGUAUCUCAACAAUAUAUGAUGGAACAAAAGAAGGUGGAAGAUUUGGAGAUCCAACUCAAGGAGGUGGGUCAUGAGAACAUUCUCCUGACUGAGCGUGUCAAGGCCCUGGAGAAUCACGUUGAGUCCGAGAAGAAGAAGCUACAUAAGACAUUUGGUACGAUCCGAUCGAGUGCCAAGAAGCUCACGGUUAAGAUGGGCAGAGGAAAUGUUGAUGUGUCUGACAUUCUGGAGGAGAUGAGACGUGAUAUCGACAACACCUCAAGUGGUGUAUUGGACCAAAAGGUUCUAAACGCUGAUGCCCUCUUGACCAAGCUGAACAGCUUCCCAUCAUCCGCAUCAAGCACAUCACUUCUACAGCAACAACAGCAACAGCAACAACUACAACAACAACACCAACAACCAGUACAAACAAGCACCGAUACAGAUUCAAUCAUUUCCGAUGUAACAACGACUGAUGAUAUAUCUCUUGUUGAGGAAUCAGCAACACUUCCAGUCACAGAUACCAAAACAACCAACCUUGAGCAACAACAAACUGACAUAACUACUGCCGUUGAUAUUGCUGCCAACACUUCAGACGAGUCCAAACAAGACAACAACAAUGACUUUACUGGCACUGACCUCAAGAAAUUGAUAAAGGUACAGGCAUGUGCAAAGAGAUGGUAUGCACGCCAACAAUUCAAGAGACUAAAGAAGAAGAGAUUGGCAGUACAGGAACUAUUUGAAACAGAGUCAACAUAUGUCUCGCAUCUGUCCAACCUCCUCAAGAUAUUCGUGUCGCCACUCAAGAUGAAGAGUCAGAAUGGUGAGGCCAUCAUAGGUCUGAACGAUAUUGAGAGGAUAUUCUCCACAGCCAACAUCAUCUUCAAGAGUAACUCCAUAUUCUUGAACCAAAUGGAGGACAUGUACAGGAACUUUAGCAAGUGGUCAGAGCUUGGUGGUCGUAUGUUGGAACAACUGCCACUGUUCGAGUCCUACAUCGAGUACAUCAUCAACUUUGAGAGUGCACAGACCUCACUCAAGAAGGCCAUGACCUCGAGCAACUUUGCCAGCUUUGUCAAGACGGCCGAGUCCAACGCCCAACUCGGUGACCUUGACCUCCACGACCUGCUGAUUAUGCCAGUGCAAAGGAUACCGCGCUAUAUCAUGUUGAUUCACCAGAUCAAGAAGUUCACACCACUGUCUCAUCCAGACUAUCUUCCUCUCACACUGGCCGAGGAUGCCUUCAAGAAGUUUGCCGAUGGUAUCAACGACCGAAAGGGAAUGAGGAUCAAGGUGCUCCAGUUUGAGGAGAAGAUCAUUGGCUACAAGGAGGAUCUCACUGCAAAGUCAAGAUAUCUGAUCAGAGAUGGUCCAUUGCGCUACAAGAAGACAACGGAGCAUGUAUUCCUCUUUAACGAUAUGCUGAUGGUGUGUCAUCCACAGGUGAAGAAGACAAAGACCAAGCUUGGAUCAAUAAGUGUCAGCUCAUCGCUCGCCACCACAUCCAGUAGCACAUCACUAUCACUUGGUGCGAAAUACCAGGACAACAGCAUUGGUGGCGGCAACAGUCCCACCCUAAGUCCAACACCAUCAUCACCGACACAUGAAGAUGGCUACACUACCACGUACAAGUUCAUCACAAGAGUUAUGCUAGACUCACGUGUCAAGAUUGUCCAGGAUGGUGUAGAUCCCAAAUUCUUGACAAUUAUUCCAGAUAUAUAUUCCUUGGAACUUGCGGCAUCCUCGAAUGAGGAGAGACAACUGUGGGUCAAAGACUUGAUCACAUUGGUGACGAUAUUCAACAACAACCUUAUCAACAAUCCAUCAACUGGUCAUGCAUUGGUUCCGCACAACAACUAA